AUGAAGAUCUCUACUACUUUUCUCUAUACCUUCCUCGCCAUCACCACCCUGGGCGUCGCGAGCCCCACGGGAAACAACGCUGUUGCCGCCGAAAAUGUCUCGCCUGCUUACGUUGAAACCGAGUCUUUCUUCGAGAAGCGUAAGGGCUGUAGCGGCGACAGGAAAGAUUCAGACGUGUGUGGCGGAAAGAGGCUCGCAGAACAAAACUCCUUUCAUAACUGUAAGGGGAAGAGCAAGGGUAAAUGUUGCGCCAAGAAUUCAGACGGGACAGGAGGAAUCGACGUGAACAAGGGCGGUGGUGAAACUUGUGGCUAUUGCUUCAGUGGCAAAUGCUCGGGCUGA